AUGGAGGCGGUCACCUCGCCCUCAAACUUUACCCUCCAAAGCAGCAUGGUCUCCGCACAGCUCGGAGCCCUCGCAGUAGUCGUCGGCGCGUUGGGAGCUUCCCAGGCGAGCGCAACACACUAUCCUCCAGCUUCCGACUCGUGGUUUAACAUCACCUGGGCUGUAAAUGGGACAGGCGCACCAGGCAUCUACUCGUCCUCUGUCACGCCCGACAAGUCGUACGGCCAGUACAACUGGUGUUCCAUGCCCCAUGUCCGCAAGCGCGAGUACAAGGUUCCCUCCAAGGACUAUGAGCUGCGCUACGUUGAGGUAAUCCAACGCCACCACAAGCGCACGCCAUACGCCUCCAACACGUUCUUCAAAGAAGACAUUAGCUGGGAUUGUUCCGAUGAGGGACCGUACAAUCACGCCAAGAGUGACGACUUUAAGACCACCCCCGUCUACUGGCAGUCGCAAACCGGCAGCCAGAACCCGUUCGAGUACACGGUCGGACCCGGCUUUGUCAAUUCGACCUGCCGCUUCCCCAGCAUUACCAGUGCUGGUCUGGACGAUUCACGCCAGCACGGCAAGGACUUUGGCAGCAUCUACCGUGACACUCUCAAGUUCCUUCCUAAGGGCAGCGAGCGCAGCAAGUACGCGUUCCGCGUGACUAACAACGUCAUCACCUCACAGACUCUGAGCGGUUUCGCGAAGGGUCUCUACCCAGACGAGAAAGAGUAUCCCGCAGUGAUGACUACGAUUCACUUGAACCGGCCUUCUAGUGCCGCUGAGGGCUCGAACGCCGACUGGAUGCGACACCUCAACGCCUCGGCCGAGGCACGGACCCGUUUCGAUGCGGUCUCGGGUAUUGCCGAGGACGAUGACGCCGGCUGGCACACAUCUUGGGACCACCCAUAUGACAACCUCUCUGCAAAGCAAUGUCACCAGAAGCCCCUCCCUUGUUCCGUCAACAGCACCUCUACGUGCGUGUCCCAGGAUGACGCCGAUACCAUCUAUCGCCUGGGCAACUACGAGUAUGGCUACCGCUGGCGCGGGUCUGCAAACUCGACGCAGCUCUCCGCUCUCAAGAUGGGCCCUUGGUUCCGUGAACUUCAGGCCCAUCUGAACGCUGCAGCCCAAGAGACCACCUCGAUGAAGUACUUGCACAACUUUGCCCACGAUGGCUCAGUGUCCCCAGUCCUGGGCGUGCUUCAGAUCGCCUACCCUGUCUGGCCGGGUAUGGGCUCCGAAGUCGUGUUCGAACUGUGGCGCAACAAGACGAGCAAAACCCACCACGUCCGCGUGCUUUGGUCCGGCCAGCCUCUCCUCACCUCGACUCCGCUCGGUACCCUGGACAUGACUCCAUUGGAGGACUUUAUGACCUACCUCGACGACACCAUUCCUUCUGACCUCGUCACGGCCUGCAGCCAGUCGCUUUAA